GCGUACUGGUCUAUUGACAGAUGGUCGACCGGUCUCAAGCGUCGUAUCACUAAUCCAUCAUUGUUGUUUGUGACUGCACUGACUUGCAAUCCAGAAAUGUAAUCCACAGCUUUCUCCGCUUCCUCGAAUAUGUGCUGGCGGAAAGGACCUCAUUGGAAGAACUUUGCGCAAGCAUCUCCGGUAAUAUGCUCAAGAGGAUGCGACUCGCUAUUACUGAUGUAGGCGAGAAACGUUUUAUUAAACGCCCUUUCCACCAACCAAAUCACGUCUCCAUCGUAAGACAACAUCAAUGGAUGGUAUACGCCAUUCUUAUCACAAACCAUUUUGCUCUUCUUGUUAGCGCCGCGAAGCCCGUAUCAUUUGUACACGGCUACCACCAGCGUAGCCAUCUCUUGCAUGGCAAUCUUCCUUCCUCGGGCUCACGGCAGAUCUCGCCGAUACGGUUUGACCUCGGUAUAGUAAACGACACCCCUUUCGCCCGAACUCAUACAAACACAACCGCCUCCGUCCCGGGGUGCCCUAUGCACGUGUUUGUUUUGCUUCUUGCCAAGAAGUCGCGGAAAGGGUUGACCAAACCUGAAGAUUCUCAUUUGCUGGCACACUGCCUAAAAGAGGUACAACUAUGCGUCAGCGCCCCAGCGCCGUCGAGCAUAUCUGCAGUUUUGCUACGGUCAUGAUCGGACGGGUAGAUGCCCCGCAAGUGGAGGCUUUGCAAGCGUGUAAUCUUGGACGGUGACCAUGCU